AUGCAACAACUCCCAACACCAGCGCCGUCAGUCACAGGACUGCUUCUUGCUUCCAACGCCCAUCUUGGCGUCAGCCCUUACCCUCCUUCUGGGUCGCCCUCUGCUGCAACCUCGGUCACCCGCGUCGAUGUCGACUCUGACGAUGACCCGACUGAUGUCGUAGAGCAACAACAGCCCCAACCGGAGUCGCUUCAGCCUCAAACAACGCUCAUGUUUCUUCUUGCCUCUGGCAGUCGCUGUACACGCUCAUACGAGCUUCACACGACCAUUCAGACAGUCAAGAGCACACUGUGGGACUCAUGGCCGUCAGACUGGCCAGAAAGACCGCCAUUAUCAGCAUGUCUUCGCAUUCUUCACUUGGGCAGAGUGCUGCAGGAUGAAGAGCCACUAUCGAAACUCGGAUUCCCCUCUGGCCCUGAAACCGCCCCUUCCCCAACAAUCGUGCAUUUAGCGAUCUCUCCGUCUCCUUCUCGCCAGAGUCCCAAUAAUGGAGACGAAGUCGGCGGUUGUCAGUGUAUCAUCUGCUAG